AUGACUGAAGAGUACACAACUCACGAUGAUGAGCCAGAAGACGAACUCUGCCGGAAAGAUGCUGUCAUCAAACUCGGAUCCAUUGUUAUUCCACUCUUCUUUGCUCUUCUGGUUGUGUUCAGCUGCAUUGGUAACACACUGGUUCUGGUCAUUCUGGUGCUGUACGAGAAGUUUAAAUCUCUGAUCAACAUCCUGAUCCUCAAUUUGGCUCUGUCAGAUCUGCUCUUCACCUUUGGUCUUCCUUUCUGGGCUUCGUACUUCAUCCAUGGUUGGAAAUUUGGAGAGAUUGGCUGUAAAGCGAUCAAGUUUCUGUUCUACGUGGGCUUUUACAGCAGCGUGUUGUUCUUGACUCUCAUGACCAUUCAGCGCUACAUGGCAGUGGUUCAUCCUCUGUCCGACUGGGAGAAAUGCAGAUGUUUUUCAGUCGCUCCCAUUAUCAUUUGGAUGAUGAGUGGAACGGCUGCGCUGUUAGUCUCACUUCAUAGCAGAGUCUUAAUACACGAUGAUAACUUUUAUUGUGAAUUUGACAGUUUAAGAGUAAAACAUGUCGCCGUUUACUCACAAAACAUUUUCUUCUUGAUGGCGUUUUGCAUCAUGGGAUUUUGCCAUGCCAGAAUGUUUCGGAUAAUAACCCAAUCUCGAACAAGACGUCGUCGGAAGACCAUCAAUCUCAUAUUUUGCAUAGGCAUAGUGCUCUUCAUUGGCUGGGCUCCAUACAACAUUGUUAUGCUCUUGAAAACUUUACAGGAUUACGCUUUGUCUCCAUUCUUAGUCUGUAGCGUAUCCAUUCAUCUUGACUAUGCAUUUUAUGCUUCCCGUCUGUUGGCGUUUUCACACUGCUGCCUAAACCCAGUGCUUUAUACUUUAAUUGGAGAAAGAUUCCAGAAACAUUUACGAACAUUACCCAAGAAAAUGUGUUUAAAAUAA